AUUUCGUAUGAUUUAAAAAUAGCUUACGAUUAAAGAUAUUUUAGCUAACUGUCGUCAUUCAGUGAAGUAGAUAAUAGUGUGAAAGCUUUUGAUGUAUAUGGUAACAUAGUGUAUGGAUUUAAAUUUCUUGAAAGAUAAAUGAAAAGGAAUGUGAAUUGUGACGAAUCCCAGUCACUGUUGUGCUCCGAGACAUUCACGUCACCGACACCCCCUAGUGAUGACUGUGGAUGGACACAGCCGGGAACUUCAGUCAUUUGGUCACAUUGUGAAAACUCCAGUCAGGAGACAGCCGUCAGAAAUUUAAGCAAAUCGCUUUUAAGUAAUGCUGUCAAGAGUCAUGGCCCUUUGUCAAACGUGCAGUUUCAUUCUAAGAUAGGCAAAGGUGACAAAGGCGUGUUACUAAAGGCUGCUUUACUAGGAGAAACAAUUAAAAGUGAUACAAAUCUCGAUACAGAGAAUUUAAAACGGGAUAUCAAUUCAAAUUUUCAGAAUAAAUGUGCAGACGACAAAUUAAAAUUUGGAGGAAAUGAUGUUGACAGUGGUUGGCGAAUGUCGGGAUCUAAUGGCUAUGACAGGAAUAGAAUGACUGGUAGCUCGACUGGUGGAACCAACAAUAAUUUAAGUCUAUUAUCAGAUGGUUCAAGCACUCAAAGUCAUACGCAACCUCAGGUUGCAACAACUGAGGGGAUGUUAUUAGGGCGUAUAGGAGGUACCGGGGGUGUUGCAUUACAUGAUAUUGGUUCACGUAGCAUUGUGGCAGGAACUGCUGGGGCUGGUCCCCAAGUAACUCUUGCAAGUGUUUUUCGGCCGCCUCAGUCUGUACCGGAAAGCGGUCGGUACGGGACACCAUUCACCACAGCUGCUGGUUCUUCAGCUGUCGGUCCGUAUUCUCCAUUGUAUGCCACAGGGUCACAUGGUACUGGACUUGCUCCAUAUAGUGCGUUUUACAGUCAGUAUCCAGGUUACAAUACAGGAGUGAUGCAUGGUACUCUUGAUCAACAGUAUGGAUCAUAUUCCGCAGUGUUGCAAAGUAUGGGCAGUCAUGCCGCUCAGACACAAGUUCCCCGUUCACCAUACGGAAACAGCGGGGGAUCAGGAGGUGCAUCUGGUGUACUAGGCCAAUAUUCCCUUCACAUGCCAAGAACAACUUCCCCCGGUAGUAAAACUUUUAUAGCAAACACAAAUUUAGGUACGCAUGAAAGAGAUGAUAGUAAGUACAGACGAGAAGUUGAACUAGAAAAAAGACGGUAUAGUACAGGUGUGUUAAAAGAUGAAAAAGCGCAUCAUUUUCCUGUGCCAUCUGGUUUUCCGGAACCAGCUAGAGUAACUUUUUCAUCUACAUUACGAGAAUCUCCAAGUCAAGGUCGUGACCCCCAAGACUAUUAUAAGAUAGGUAGGGAAGGUAGUCUAAAACAUAGAAUUUUACGACCCUCGGAUUCAACUAGUUCUGUUCCGUUAGGAAACCCACAACAUAGUGCUUUCACAAAUACUGAUGAACCUGUUGCUAAAAGAACUAAGAGUGAGAAUUUAGGUGGUGACAAGUUAGACUUUAACAGACAAGGUUUGCAAACGACGGAAAGUUCGCAACCUGGUUCUGAAAUGUCACACGGCCGGACCCCUCACUUACAUUAUCCUCCACAUUUUAUGAAGGGGUCUAUUAUUCAGUUAGGAAAUGGUGAAUACAAGCGUGUUGAGGAUUUAGAAACGGAUGAUUUUAGACAUAGUGCGGAUGCUAGCAGUGAUCUCAAGAUUGAUUCAAGUACCGUUGUACAUAUCGACGAGAAUGAGGCUCAGGGUACAGCUGUCCUGGGUUUUGUUGUCGGAGAACAUAAAAUUCAGGUUAGAGUAGAGGCAACAGUAGAACAUCCUUUUUUUGUGUUUGGCCAGGGCUGGUCAUCAUGUGAGCCAACUUGGACAAUGAAACGGUACGGGCUCGAGUGCCACAAACUUUCAGUGGGAGAUGUGUGUAUUUCCUUAACCCAUAAGGAAGUGACUGCUCAUGCAGCAGAAAUUUCUCAACAGCAAAAGCAGCAGAGUUUGGAAGAUACUUAUGCUUUUGAAAAAGACCAAAAACAAUCUGAAUCUGUACAACAGAUUCAAAGAGACAGUCCAGGUCAAGGUCACAGGAACAGGUCCCCAGCUAAUUCUCAGAGCCCAACAAUUCAAGGUCAAGGUUAUAGAUCUGAUUCAGGACAGUUUAGUGAAUCAAGCACAGCUCCUGUUAAAGGGGAGCACUUGUUUGGUUCUUCUCAGAUUCCCUCUUCAUCACACACUCAGGAACAAAGAUCGCUCCCAUCUACGACAUCAUCGUAAGCUGAGUGCUUGGAGAUAUACCGUAUGUCGGGAGAUUGCCGCAAGCGAAAGCGACCGUGGUCGUGUUGGGUAUUAUGUUUGCAAUGAGGAAGAAGUUAUAGUUUGAUAAGCGUUUAUAUGUUGUUGUUGAAUUUUUUUUUUCAAACAGCUUGUAAACAUUUCCUGAUAUACGGUAGUGUAUGACAAGGUUAUAUUUUGAAAAGACUGUGAUACAAAUAUAGAUUCUUUUUUUUUUCUCCUCCUCACAAUAUCUAUUCAUAACAAAUCUUUUGUGCACUAGGAGAUGAUUAAGAUAUUUUGUAAUUCAAAUGAAAUUGUAGAAUCAUCGAUGUAUAUUGAGACACUGUCAUAUUCCAGUUCCAUUUCCGAAUCAAAUAUAAUAUUUUGUAAAACAAACUUAUCCACUUUUUUUUUUCAUCAGUUUAUCUGUAUAUUUUUGUUUGUGAUUAUAUUGCAUUAUAUAAGUUGCAACGUUUAUAGUAUACUCUUUUACUAUUGCAAUAUGUUAAGUUUUUUUUUUUUUCAUUCAGAUGUUUUAACUAAUAAUUAUAUGACCAGAUUUGAUUCAAUGUGUUCAUUAAUUCUGCUGACCUAUAAUGUUUAAAGCUUUACCUAGAAGGUUUAAAGCUGCACGCCUCCAAGUGACCCAAAAUAU